AUGUCAGACGCAGGUAGAAAAAACGUUUCAGAUAAAAUCGGUGAAGGCUUAAAACCAGAUUCAGAAAAAUCAUAUUUAGAAAAAGGUAAAGAACAAGUUACUGAUUCUCUUGAUAAAUUUGCUGCUAAUACAACACCUGAUAAUCAAAAAUCUUUUUCUCAAACAAUUUCAGAUGAUGUCCAAAAAGGUCAUGAUGAUGCUAAAUCUGCUGUUAAACAAGAUGCUCAAGCUGCUGAAGGUCAAGGUUCUUCAUUAGCUGAAACAGCUCAAGAAUAUAUUAAUGUUGCUAAAGAAAAAGCUUCUGAAGCUGCUGAAUAUGUUUCUGGUGUUGUAGGUGGUGCAACUGAAGGUGCUAAAACUGGAGCUGAAACUUCAAAAAAAUAG